AUGAGUCAGACACUCAUAGCCAACGAACUGCUGGCGUUCUUGCAGCAGAAACUGGAUGUGAUGGACGAGGUGUCCGCCAUCCAGAUCUGCGCAACGAACUUCAGUGAAGAAGAUGUGGCAGCUGCUAAGCUGCUUUUGUACAAGUCGCUCAACAAGUGCGACCAGAUGGUGUCCCGCAGGCGUGACGGGACCAAGAAAAGCAUCCAGGACAUCAUCACGCUGCUCAAGGAGACCGACCCGGAUGACGUGCCGACAUUUGUGGCGAGGAAUCUCAACAAGCUUCCUCCCGUAACUUUCGACCACGUCGACGUGACCAGCCUUUUGAAGGACAUCGUUGUCCUCAAGGCCAGCUUGGUGGAUGUACAGAACAGGUUAGAUGCAUCCCAAGUUGCUGUUGCCGAUUUGCGUAAGGAACUUAGUGAUUUGCGCAACAUGGUAACAGUAACUGGGUCACCAACGGCAUCGAACGUAAACACGCGUCGCGGAGCAGCUGCUGACACAUCGGCGGUCAGUUUCGCGUCAGCGGUUUUGUCUACACCGUCGUCGUCACCGAGGACUGCUGAGCAAGCUGAGUGCGCAAGUCGCGCACCCCGCCUGCCCGCUACCGCCCCUGCGGGGCCUCCCGCGCCCGCCGACAAACACACCGUACAGCUGACAAGUUGUGCAGCGCCAGCAAAAAAGUGUGUGAGAACGAGCACUCCUAGUGCUCUCAAACAGAAGCCCGUUCCCGAGAAGGAAGCGCCAAGGGCUGAUGAAGAUGGUUUCGUGACGGUGCAAGGGAGGAAGCGCCGUCAAAGAAAUACCAAGAACCGCUGCGGCACAGCUUCCAUCAAGGCUAACAUCCCGAUUCGUGUCGCCCAGCCGAACACUCCCGUAUACAUUUCCCGCCUUCACUAUACUACGAAGGUGGAGGACGUUGUGGAGUACGUGUGCCAGAAGACCAAGUACAGGCUGAGAGUGCAGCAGUUGGAAUCGCGCCGCAACGUCUACUUCAAUUCGUUCGUGGUGCGAGUACCGACGUGUUUUCUGCAUAACGUCUUGGCGGAGGACUUCUGGCCGCAAGGAGUGGUGUUCCGACGCUUCCGCGGACAAGUGCCACACGACCGUACAAAUAAAGUGCCCUAG